AUGGCUACCGAAACAGCCGAAGAACGGCUGAGGCAACUGGAGGUGUUGUUUUCUUGUGGGAGCAGUGAGAAAGGCUCUUACAGCGUAGAGACUCUGCUGGACGUUUUGGUCUUACUUUACGAUGAAUGCUGCAAUUCUACGCUUAGAAGAGACAAGAACGUCAGCGAAUUCAUUGAAAAUGGUAAGAUGCUUGUAGCGAUCGCGAGAUAAGCUCUGGGGUUGGUUCCUUUUUACUAAGACGAAUGUCUUGCUUCAUUUGCAGUAAAGCCAGUGGCUUCAAAAAUAAAACAGCUUCGACUCCGGCGCGAAGACUUUGAUCCCCUAACAUUAAUCGGCAAAGGGGCCUUUGGAGAGGUAAUAGCGAUAAUGUAAUUUGUCAAAAGUGGGUAUCGCCGUUUCUUUACAAACAUGUUCCUGUUUUUGUUCAGGUAACUGUGGUUCGAAUGAAAACCAACGAUAGAAUCUACGCCAUGAAGACCUUAAAUAAAUGGGAAAUGUUAAAGCGAGCUGAGGUAAGUUUGAUAGCUUGCUAACCAACCAGCUGAACUAAUUCGAGUCAUUCAUGCCUUCAUUGUAGCGUUGUUUAGUCUUUUGGGUCACCGUCGAUCUUUUUAUUGGCCCCGAUAUGAGUUGUGGGAAUUAAAUGGAAUGCGUGAAUCAAUCGCAGGAUUGUAGCUACGAGUGGGUCCGAAGAUUUUAAGUCCGUCUGGAAACAGAUCGCAUCGACAAACUCUUUUCGUUUGCCGAGCGACUUUACUAUUGAUCAAAUGUUGAUUUUCCGGUCAACUUUAUCCUUUCGUAUGUCCCCUGUAGACGGGAGGUAAAAUUGUUUAUCUUUUAUACCAGAUACGAGAAAGGAACGAAUGUGGUGUUGUGAGAGUGAAAUGUACAACUACGAGAAGUGGAAUGCGUGUGAUCGAAUCGAACAAGAGAUCGGUCUAAUGCAAUGCUCACUCUACACACGUAACGUCAAAUGUAUUUCAAUAGAAGUUUACUCAGUUCGGAAUAUUUGCAGUGUUUGUUUUGAAAGAUAUAUUCACGAUAAAGAUCGGCGUUUCAUUACUCCUUCAGUUCAGCUGUUUUCAAUGAACAGUUUAUUUUCUAGCCAGAUCAGGUUUCGAAACUUUAAGGGGAGAAAAAAACAUUCUCCUUGUAUGGUUUUUGCACAACUUGAAUUGUAUAAAUCUUAAUUUGCGAGUCAUCGGUGUCAGUUUUAAAGACAUCGAAGGUGAACGUGAAGAGACCUGUCGAUUCGAUUAUUUGUUAUUUUACAGUGUAAGGUACAGUUGAUGAGAUAUAUUUACACCGUACGAACCAUCAAUGCCUAAAUACUGGUAGCAAAUGAUUAUUAAGUGUAACAAAAGGUGUAGUUUACUGGUAAAGAAUCAAAGCCUUUUCCCCUUUGGCAUUAAUUAAUUUGUAGCACAUUUCAAUGGGGGUAUUAAUUUAAAUGGCAGCUAAAUUUUUUUGGAGUUAAAGAGACUGGGGAAUCGUUGGGUUCAUUUCCGCCUUGUGUUCUUGUCACGUUUCUUAGAUAUUUCAAAGUUCUUUUUCUUAAAAUAAUGACAAUAAUUUUGAGCAAAACGUGUCAUGAUAAUUAUGCCACAGGUUUUCAGGUGAGAUCAGUCCUAAGGCAAUUUUAACGGUAAAUGAUUUAAUACUUGUGAUAUGAAACAUGUCAGAUUUCAUACACCCGAACAAUAUCAGUGGAAAACACACAGACAUCAACGUAUGCAAGUACUAUUAAGCACCUUUUCGUCCAUCCACCCAGCAUAAUGUUAGAUCAACCCUCAGCCCAAGAAAUAUUUAUGAUAAAAGUCAAAAUUUUCUUUUGUAUGUGAGUACAAUGAAUUAUUAUCAAAGACAUUUCAUUUGAAUGGUGACACCAUGACAUUUUGUCUGCAAAGUUAUAAUAGAGUUAUAUUAUGUGUCUCCAUAAAGGACUCUAUAAGAGCAGUGCUUUCUUUUCAGAAAAAAACUACUCAUUCUCAAUGACCAACUUUUACUUCAACAGCUACUGUAAUACAUGUAUCUUUGACAGACUCGAACCUCCACUUAUGACCACCUGUCCACAAUGGCUGCCUCUCUACAAUGGCCACUUUUAAUGGCAGACGGUCCAUGCAUUGACUCUUGUUUAAACCUCUCUACAAUGGCCGCCUCUUUAAAACAGCCACUUUCAUCUGCCCCAAGGCGUCAGUUGUGGAGAGGUUCAACUGUAAUUAAUUUACUAUUCAGAAAUUAAGUUAUCAUUUCAACUCCUUUACAUCAAGGCUGUGCUCUAAGGAAAAUCCAAGGGAGCCCAGUGCUAUAAACCUCUAAAAUCUAGGGUGCCCAGCAUACAUGGAUGAUUUGUACGAAAAAAGUAAGAUUUUUAAGUCACCCAAGAUCAAAAGUUAGGUACCUGCAGCCACCGGGCUCUGCUAGAGCACAGCCCUGUACGUGUUAGCGAACUCUUUCACUUCCAGAGUUAAUGAUGGAGUCUUGUGAGGUAGUUCUAACUUUUGAGUUUGUGGAAAAAAUCCAAUGAUGUGACUAUUCAAGUGAAAGCCACAGAGCAGAACUUUCCUGUGGUACUGUUUACUACAUGUAUGUUGUACAAGGUGGUCCUAACUUUUGAAUCUGUGGACAAAAUCCUAUGGUGUUACCAUUCAAUUGAAAGCUACUGAGCAGUACUUUCCUGUGGUACUGUUUAUUGUGUUGUACAAAGUGGUUCUAACUUUUGAGUCUGUGGAUGAAAUCCUAUGGUGUGACCAUUCAAAUGAAAGCUACUAAGCGGUACUUUUAUGUGGUACUGUUUAUUAUGCUGUACAAGGUGGUUCUAACUUUUGAGUCUGUGGAUGAAAUCCUAUGGUGUGACCAUUCAAUUGAAAGCUACUGAGCAGUACUUUCCGGUGGUACUGUUUAUUAUGCUGUACAAGGUGGUUCUAACUUUUGAGUCUGUGGAUGAAAUCCUAUGGUGUGACCACUCAAAUGAAAGCUACUGAGCAGUACUUUCCUGUUUGUUCUCCAGCUUUAACAAAAUAAAAUUUGUCAUUUUUGUUGAAUGUUGACUUUGACCGCUGUGGGGACUGACAGGAUUAGCAUACUAAAAUUAAUGGUCUGUAUACUUCUUUAGUAGUCUGACAAGAAAGAUUAUUUUCCCUGACCUUUGCAGACUUUGCCUAAGGCAAAGGGAUCCAUGCAUGAAAAUAGCUUGAAAUUGCACUUUUGACUCACUUUAAUGAUCACCUAAAAUUUAAAUCAAAUUUAAUUUCCGGUCUCUUUUGUGAGAGCAAAAGGUGAAAACGUUUCUGGAAUGUUCUGUUUAUGUUUUCUGCUAUAACUAUUUAGAACAUUUAACUUCUUGGUCAUUGAAACAUGCAUUUAGUUUAAACUAUAUCAUCCAGAUUCACUGCUUAUUAAUCAUCAAUCAAUGCCACAUCAGAUAAUGUUUAUUCAACAAACUGUUUUUAUAUCAAGUUGAUUAUCACUUACAUAAUAUCAUGUUAUUCUAGUAUUCCUUGGAAUGCCUUAAAUUUCUGGUGUUAAUUUAUUAGUUUGAUAUAAAUAUGGUGUAAUGCAUUUAUAGUUAGGUCAGGCACAUACCAACAUUUGGUGAAAUAAAUCUUUGAUGCUAUUCAAGAGAAGCACAUUGUACAUGUAUAAAUCUACUGGUAGCCCUCUGUUCUGUUGAUUGUCUGUAGACAAGUAUUUUCCUAGCAUAUGAUAGAUUUUCUGCAUUCAAAAACUAAAUGUUCUAUUUUUAGUCAAAGGGAAUCAAGCUGUGUUUAAACCCUGUUAAAAAAAAGUAUUGUAAUUCUUGGAUGAAGUCCUAUGGUGUUACCAUUCAAAUGAAACUUUUUUGGCAAAAUUGUAGCAGAUUGCUAUUUUAAAUCUUAAAAUUUCAAAAAGAAAUUUGAACUAAAGCAUAUUGUAAUGGCAUUAUCCUUAGUAUUUGCCACUGUUUGUUGGUUGUAGAAGUUUUUGGAAGCUACAUAUACAUGAAGGAGGUUGCAUUGGAUUAAAAUAUCGGAAAAUUUGAUGUGAAAUAUCAUAAGAAUUAUCAGACCCUUCUGAUUAACAUUAAAUCACUGAUUACGUGUUCUACAUGCAUGUAAGACAGUUAAUGUUUUGACCAGAGAGGAGGGGGAUAAAUAGGCCAAUGGAUUGGUGGACUUUGAAAAAUUUUUUCCCAGAUUUUGGAUUCAGAGUGAAAUUUUAACGGAAUUGCGGAUGCGGCAAUGGCAGCGGAUUGCGGAAUCAUCCAUCUUUUGAACCCUGAUUUUAGACUGUGCAUUUUUUUAAAAACUAUUUUGCCAGUAUUUCGUAUUCAGAGGGAAAUUGUAUUGGCGGAUUUGUUUAAUAAAUCAUAAUGGAUCGGUGCAUUUGCAUACCCCUAUUCACCCCUCUCAGACAGCAUUGACCAACUGUCUACAAAUCACAGGGAGUCAACAAGAACACUGUCUGAAAAAAUUAAUGUUGGGGAGUAACUCUAGGUACCCAUCUUUGGGAGGUGUCCAUUUUAUAGCAGAUUCCUUUGAGAUUGUAGCAGUAAUUGAAGUUUGAAGAUUUUGAACAAAAUGAAUGUUCUUAAAGCAUACAUUUGUACUGCUGAGAUUCCUUUGGUAAGAUUACUGCUUUAAAGUAUAUUCUUAUUAUUGAACAUGAUUUAUGGUAUGCUCAGGGUUUCAAUAAUGUGAGAGCUAGCCAAUGUAUGUGAAGCUUUGAUACAAUUCUUAUAAGCAUUCAAAUGAAAAUCAAGCCAAAGUAGAUGGAUUGAUGAUAGAAAACCUGUGGGAGGUUGUCAGAUCUUGUUGAAUGCCAAGGCUGUUGUAUUGUUGGCUAAUAAAAAUUCACCAUACUCGUGUUUAGUAUCUGGUUUGAUUUAAGUUAAAGCCUUUGAACCAACAAUUGCGUAGAGGCAGUAUAUGUAGCUUCAACUUGUCAAGUUGAUAAGAUCCAUCAUGUAAUCCCUAAAUCUGUGAUUGAUUGAAAUUAGACUAUAUAUGUACAGGUUCAGAUUUCUAUUGUUUACUUUUGAUGCGAUAAGAUAUGAUUUGUUUUAGCCAAUAAGAUUAUGUGAAAAUUAAAUGGCUGAAGGUUUUGUUUAUUCAUAGUUUAGUGUCAAGUUUCAUUUUUUGGUAUUACAUGCAAUUAUUUACCACACUGUAAUUUAAUUUUUCUGUAGUCUACAGUACAAUGGGUCAUCUGCCAAGAUUGAUUAUACUGAUAUACCAUGCUCAAGCUGAGCACUUUACAGUGCUGUAUGUGCUUGUCUUCAUCAAGUUAUUGCUAUAGCUUUUUAGCAUUUGCCUUUAGAGAUGUAUUCCACUUAAACUGAUCCUGAUCAGAGGAAAAAUACACCCUUCUACGUAUACCUAGAGCUGUAUAGCACCACUUUACAAAUGUGUGACUGUCAAGUGGGUCAUUGUUGUUCCUACUACUGAAGUCAAGUACAUAGCUCACUGUAAUUUUAUCCUUUUGUAAUAUUUCCUGACCUUGGAUGUAAUUUUUUGGUCACUCUGUAUUAUUGUCUAUGAAUAUAUUAAGUGAGAGAAUAAAAGCAUGUCGAUAGUUUAUUAAGUAAGCAUGUCUAAAAUUGGAGUUUUGAAUGAUGUCCUGAAAAGAAGAAUCAGUUUUGUCACAAUAAAGUUUUUUCUGACGCUUCAGUUAAAAGUAGUUUCAGCCAAUUUUUUCAUUAUGAAAACUUGUUUGACAAUUUGAUUAGGGAACGUGCAGUGAAAAGGAGUUUUCCAUCAUGAACUUUCAACCUUCUCUUUCCAGACUGCUUGCUUCAAGGAAGAGAGAGAUGUCUUGGUGUAUGGAGAUAAACAAUGGAUAACUACAUUACAUUAUGCGUUUCAAGAUGAUGAUUAUUUGGUGAGAAAUGGCAUUUUGUUUUUCUCUCUUUAAAGGGGCUACAUGUAUGCCAUUGCUGUCUUAUUCUUUUUUUUUGUUAAUUUUGCCAGUUACUCAUCUUUCUUUGCUAUGGAACAUAACCUUUUAUAGCAAAGAGAUUACUUAGGUCAAACUCACAGCCUCAUGUCAAACAAAUAUGUCUGACAAGCAUUACAGUAUAUAAGCGGAUUACAAACAACAAAAGUGAACUUUGAAUAACUGCUAGGCUAACUCUCUCUGCAUUAACUGCCCUCCUUAAAUGAAAGGUGCGUGAAUGCCUGAAAUAUCCAGGGGCUUCCAAUGUGGCUGGGAGCGAGGCACCUGUCACACAGAUUGAAUCCAUACAAAGAAAAUUAGAAGUUUGGGUGGGGCUGAGUUUGAAUUUUAAACAAUCACAACAAAACCUGCUCCACAACUGCUACAAACUGCUGAAAAACCUCAAAAAGAUCUUACAGUUGUUACAGUAUACUGUACAAAAGGUUGAGUUUGAUCGUCCGGGUGAACGUAGUCCUGAAUAGGACUGUUGUUGUUGACAGUGACUGACAUUUCGACAACCUGUGCAGUAGUCAUCUUCAGAGUCAAAGUGAGUUGUAUCACGUCAGUUGAUGGUAUUAUACUCUGGUUAUUGAUUUGAUUGGUCAAUUAUGUCGUGAUGUUAUUGGUUGUCUGUCAGUUAAGCCGUGAUGCUAUUGGCUAUGAAGACUCGUAAUCAGUGAUUGGUGUGUUUUGGUCCGUCUAUUGUCGCAGUUAAACAGUCGUCUAUUGUUAGUCAAAUUGUUAGUUCUCCAGUUGUUCUCUCGUAGUUAGUUUUGCUUGAUCUCGUCAAUAAGUUGUUUGUACGGCGCUGGUAACUGUUGACUAUGAUUCAGUGGCAUUUGUUCUAAGUUAGUAAACCAGCUUUCUAAAGUAAGACGUUGAUAGUAGUCUGUAGAAUACGUUAUACAUGUCGCAGAGUCCCAGUCAAUUUGAUGUUUCGUCUUUAAACGGUGCUCAGCAAUGUGAUUGUUGACGUCACCAUUCCUCGUCGCGCGUUUGUGUUCGGUCAGUCACAUGCUUAGGUUUCUGCCGGUUUCACCAAUGUAAGAAGCCUGGCAGUCGCAGCAUUUGAUCUUGUAUACUGCUCCCUGUCUGUCCUCCGGUUUGUUGGCCACUGAAUCGUAGUCAACAGUUACCAGCACCGUACAAACGACUUAUUGACGAGAUCAAGCAAAACUAACUACGAGAGAACAACUGGAGAACUAACAAUUUGACUAACAAUAGACGACUGUUUAACUGCGACAGUAGAUGGAUCGAAAUGCACCAAUCACUGAUUACGAGUCUUCAUAGCCAAUGACAUCACGGCUUAACUGACAGACGACCAAUAACAUCACGACAUAAUUGACCAAUCAGAUCAAUAACCAGAGUAUAAUACCAUCAACUGACGUGAUACAACUCACUUUCACUCUGAAGAUGACUACCGCACAGGUUGUCAAAACAUCAGUCACUGUCAACAACAACAGUCCUAUUCAGGACUACGUUCACCCGGACGAUCAAACUCAACCUUUUGAAAUGACUCCUGGGUUCAAACCUUUCACAGUAUACUGUACCUUGAUUAACCCUUCAAGCCUCAAUAUCCACAUACAAAUUCUCCAAACUGGUCUUUAUACAUUUCCUUAAGGAAUAAGUUGAGAGAAUUUGGUAGAAGAUCAAAGCAUUUUCUCUUGGGUGAUCAUUUUAUUAACUCUCAUAACCAUUUCUCUUGGUAAAAUAUGGAUAUUGUUAGGAGAAAAUUGAUCUUGGUCACUACUGGGACUUAAAGGGUUAAGUCCACAUGAGCCUGCAGGUUUGGCUACUGAGCCAAAGAGGCUGCAGCCAUAGCUUGUGGUCGUUAAAGAAAACUUUAUUAAAUUGUCAUGAAAUUAAGUUAAUGAUAUAUCGAAAUAUCUGUGUGCAUCAUUUGUACAUCUACAGCUGCACACACAAGAAGGUCAUAGGCAAAAAGGCUGGCUAGAGUAAAAGGCCUGGAACAGUUCAUUGUAUUCAGCAUAAUGUGAAGCACUCUAAGCUGAAUCCCUGGUGCUGUUAAUUCUUAGAGCACCUCAAUUUCCAAUGUUGAAGAAAUAAUAUCACAUUUGUGCUUUGUUUCCAGUAUUUUGUUAUGGAUUAUUACAGUGGUGGAGAUCUGCUGACUCUCCUCAGCAAAUAUGAAGACCAUUUACCUGAAGAAAUGGCCAAAUUUUACCUGGCAGAGGUGGUUUUGGCUGUGAAUUCUAUCCAUAAAAUGGAUUAUGUCCAUAGGUAGGUCUUCUUGAUUAGCCAAGCUAUGAAAUUUUUGGAACCAGAGAAUGUUUGUGUGUAUAUGUACGCUUCAACUAAAUUUCAUUUAAUUUGAAACUUCUAUGGAGGUCAAUAAACUUCAACUUAUUAACUAAACUUCUUGUUUUCUUUAAAUCAAGUUUAAAGCUGCUCUCAGUGGCAGCAAAUUAAAUCUCCAUGCUCUGAAGAAAUAAAUGAAGGUUGUGCAUUAUUUUUUGCUGUUAAUUUAUCCUACAGGAAAUUAAGUAAUUGUCAUAAAGACCAAAUCACUCCAGUGUAAUUUGUGUCUACUGUUGUUAAAUUUUUGAACUUGGGGUCCCAGUUCAUCAUCAAAACUUAAUGAAAGUGACAGAUAUCAUUUACUUUUGUCUAUCCAAACUGGAUCAGCAUAAGAUUCUGGGAAACUCCUUACCCACCCCUCCCAUAAUUAACCCAACGUUACUACUAACUUCUCACUUUAGGAAAUGUUGGGUUGGAGGGUUGGGUGGGUGGGUGGAUGACCAGUUUUAGGAGCCUUUACUGAUCCAAAAUGUGCAUAUUUUUUUUGCAGGGAUGUCAAGCCUGACAAUGUUCUCCUUGAUGUCAGUGGCCAUGUUAGGCUGGCAGAUUUUGGAUCUUGCUCAAAACUUGGCAAGAAAGGAACUGUAAGUGAUUCAUCCCCUGCAUUCCGAUACAUUCAUGUCAUAUGUGUACAUGUAAAUAUCAAGCUAAUAUUGCUCCACAAAUACCUUGAAGAUAUAAACCCUUUCUGUAAUAAAAUAUUAGUAAAAAAUAAUAAUGUUUACAGAAUUAUAGUUCACAUGUUUUCUUUCUAUUGUAGGUUAGAUCGUCUGUUGCAGUUGGUACACCUGACUAUAUUUCUCCUGAAAUCCUCCAGGUAAAUAUUAUAUUCUAAAAAAAACUUCAGUUAACGUACGUUAAAAGUUCCAUGUGUUUCUGGCUUCUUUGUACAGUGCAUAUAUAUCUUUUUUAUGAGCAUGGUGGGGUGUGAUGUAAGAAAAAUUCACAGCUUUCCAGAAUCUUAAAUUCAUUGACUCUUUCUUUAGGCCAUGGAAGAUGGACGAGGCGAGUAUGGUGUUGAAUGCGACUGGUGGUCUCUGGGUGUUUGUAUGUACGAGAUGCUGUUUGGUGAAACCCCGUUUUAUGCAGAAUCAUUGGUUGAAACAUACAGCAAAAUCAUGAGCCAUAUGGUAAGAUGAAAUUAAUGUUUUAGUUAUUGGUUAAGUUUUGAUGCCCAAAUUUUAAUUUAUUUUUUUUAGAAGUGUUCAUAACAGCAAGAUGAUUAAUCUUUGCCAUGCAAAGAUUAGUAUUAAUUUGUUGCAUGGUUUUUUUUUCAGGGUAAAUUCAAUUUUCCCUCUGAUGUAGAAGUUUCAAAUGAUGCAAAAGAUCUGAUGCAAAGGUUGGUUUAUUAGAAUAUCAGCAUGUAAAAAAUUGUUCUUGUAGAAAUGCUACCUGUUUAGAGGAACAAAAAGCAAGUGAAUAUUAACCUUUUAAGCCCCAAUAUCCACAUACAAAUUCUCCAAACUGAUCUCUAUACAUUUCCUUAGAGAAUGUGUUGAGAGAAUUUGAUAAAAGAUCAACGCAUUUUCCCUUUGGUGAUCAUUAUAUUUAUUCUCAUAACCUAAUCUCUUGACAAUGUAUGGGCAUCAUUAGGAGAAAAUUGAUUUUGGUCACUAUUGGGACUUAAAGCUUUGACAAUGUAAUGCAGUCUAAUCUCCACUAAUGGCCACUUCUCCAAAAUGGCUGCCUUUCUACAACGGCCACUUGUUUUGCCCCAGUGGACAAAUAAUCCAUUCAUUGACUCUUGUUUAAACCUCUUUAUGAUGGCCACUUUCUUCUAUCCCCAAGGUAGCUAUUGUGGAAAGGUUCAACUGUGUUAAUGUUACUCUCUAGAUAGUAUGAUUCUUCUCGGAUAAGGACGAUAAACCGUAGGCCUUUUCUCACAACCUUUGCAUAUAUAAAUUCUGUGGGAUGUUAAAGAACCCACAGACUGUUCGUGAAGAGUAGGGGACAUAGUCCCCAGUGUGUUGGUCUAUCUCUCAUGGGGGAAGGGACUGUUACGUGCCCGCAGUAAUUUUCUUCAUGCUGUUGCGGUGACCCUGCCAAUAAUUGGCGAAUCUAAUAAAAUAAAGUUUUUAAGGAGUACAAUGUUCUAAGUGUGCUAAAAACUUACUGUCAUGUAAUUGUACUUUAUGUUUUCCAUCUUAAUUCAUUUUCAGUAGUAGUAUAACUGAUAAGUAUCAGUAUAAGUAUCAUAAAGAGGAAAAUCUGUUUUGUUGUGUUGUAGACUUUGUUGCAAAAUAGAACAGAGACUGGGACAAAAUGGAAUUGAUGAUUUUAGAAAUCACCCUUUCUUUGAGGGAAUCGACUGGGACAACAUCGGGGACAGUAAGUUUUUUGUACUUCUUUUUUUGCUUUAUUAUUUAUUUAUUCCUUCCACAUUUUAGUAGCUCCAUGAUUAUCAUUGUUUACAGUGAAAAUUUGUCUGUGUUUAUGCUUCUGCAGAAAAACCUUACUUCAGUUUUGAUGGCAAUUUUAUGAGAUAUUCUUUAAAAAGUUUCCAUAACACUAAAGCUAGAUUCUUGGAUGAGCAACACAUUAUUGCAUAAUUGCAUUAUUACAUUAUAUUAUAUCCUUUUUGACUGUGUACAUGUAUAUGCCAGGGUAUGCUGACCAGUUAAACUUAAUUAUUUGCUUUGGUAAUCACAUUCUUUGUGUCAGAUCAUGCUUAAUUUUUUUUCAUUCCAUUUUUCAGCUGUUCCUCCAUACAUUCCAGAAGUCAGUAGUGCGUCUGAUACAUCAAAUUUUGAUGUGGAUAUCGAUGAAUCUAGAGCAAAUGUACGUACUAAACUUUUUUUAAAAAUGUUAUUAUUUAAAAUGUAGAUUUUAAAAGAUAUUAAUAUGUUUUUUUACAGGAUGCAGUGCGGCCAUCUUCUGUGUCUCCAUUCACUGGCCAUCACUUACCAUUUAUAGGAUUUUCAUUUACUGAAAAUAGGUAUGUUGGUGCAGCCCACGAGUUACUUGUUUUGUAGUGGUCGUGCAGACAGGAUAACCAGAGUAGCAAUUAGCAAAGGUCUAAACUUUCUUAGUUUUUAUUUAUUGUUAUUCAUAUAAGUGUUGAGUGGGUGACAAAUAUUUCAUAAGGAUUUUUUUCACUAAGUCAUUUACCUGCUGUACAUACAGGUGUACGUAUGACUGAUAUUGUAACGUUUUUUUGCUUCAGUCGACUGUCUGAUAAGGCACACUCCGUUGCUAAAGAAUCUGGGAACAUCACACUGGAGCCUGUCGCAUCAAACAAUGGUAGAGCUUUGUUCAUUCAUGAACGUUUACAUGUACUCAAGAUAGUAAUCAUAAGAUGGGGUGAUUGAUAAUGUUGAUUGAACUGAAUACCAUAAUUGACCUAACUAGACACCCACUUCCAUAUAAAUGCCUCUUAUCUUAUAAACACCCCCUCUACACUAUUAAAAUUGUACUAGAUGCCCCUUUCUAAUAUUGAAUGCCUCCAUGAGAAUUACUCCUAAAUACUAGGAAUUAGCAAAAAGGAGCAAAGGCUUUCAAUUCAUUCAGUUGUUUGUUCAAUGUCAAGUUCAGAGAAAGGAUAGAUUAAUGAUGGCAGCACAAUAACCCUGAGUGAAGAUUCUGACAUCAAUGUUGGGAUUUGAAAAAGUAAUAUGGAUCUCUGGACAGCCUUUAAAGGGAACCUCCACUUCAACAGAAAGAUAACUUUAAAUUCAUUCAGUUGUUUGUUCAAUGUCAAGUUCAGAGAAAGGAUAGAUUAAUGAUGGCAACACAAUAACCCUGAGUGAAGAUUCUGACAUCAAUGUUGGGAUUUGAAAAAGUAAUAUGGAUCUCUGGACAGCCUUUUAGAUGUAUCAAUAAAUUAUUGAUGGAGUGAAUAUUCUACUAUUUUCGAACUCUCUUGAUAUUUUCUCGGGAAGCAUACAUGUAAUGGUUUUGUUGAGCUUGUUACAGUUAUGAGAAUAAGUGUCUCUAUUUUAAAUGGCUCCUAGGGUAUCUAUUAAACGCCCCUGCUUGGACCCCUAAAAUUACAUAGAUUCCCUGGGCAUUUAUAAGGUCAUUAUUUCACGGUAGGCGCGAUUUGGUCUGGAGUAUUAUUUGUGAUUUCAGACCAAAUUACACAACACCACUGAUCAGUAUGUUAAGUGUCCAUGGCCAUUGAGGUAGCGUUCAAUAAGAAACAGUUUCAGCAGGACACAUAAAAUUAUUUAAUCUUUCUUGUAUUUAUUUGUUUAUUUAGUUCCCAGCUCAUUGUCUGUUGAAGCGUAUGAGAGAAGAAUUCAAAGACUCGAAAGGGAAAAAUCAGAGCUCGCUCGAAAAUUGACAGGUAUUGUUGUGGGUGUGUUCAUAAAAAUGCAAAAAUUAAAGGCAUGUAUUUGUGAUAAAAAAUGUGGUUGUUGUCAAGUCCCUGUUGCUGCCUCCUGCCUCUCAUGUUUGUUUUUGCAAAAGGGUUAUGGACUGGUGAUCUCCCCUGGCUACCAAAAGUGUGACCCCUGCCUACUUUCAUCGGAAAGGAGGAAAAACGAAAGCAAAAGGAAUUCUCUGGCUACUGCAACAGAAUUAGCUUGGUCGUUAGAGUGCUUGACUGUAGAGCAGGAGAUCGUGAGUUUGAUUCCUGGGAUUGGAACAAUACUCAGGGUCUUAAAAUUACUAAGAUAUGAGGGUACUUUUCUCUGCAAACAGCUAGACCUUUGCGUGAUCCCAUCUCAAGUACGAGCUAAAAUAAUACAGUCACUGACACUCAAAUAAAGUGCCUUUUUCACUAAUUGCAUGUACCUGGUAACUUGAUAUCUUGGUGACAGCCCUGUUGUAUGAUGAAUGGCCUAGAUGAGAUACAGCUGUAUCUAGAUGCCCUCCACUGUAAACAAAAAUUCAUGUAUGAUCUUUAGUUUUAUAACUGUUGCAUUCACUAUGGCAAUUUACCCUUUGUUUAACUUUGCUAUGAUAGAUUCUACUAAAGCAUUACAAGAUCAAGCACUGGCUGUUGAUGGUCCAAAAGGUGAUCAAGUGGAUUCUAUCGAACUGAAGAGGUUAAAAGAUGAUAUGACAUCAAUGAAGAAGAAAAUCAUGGGUAAGUCAGUGUAUUUUGAAUUGCCUGAACCAUAAGAUUUAUUGUCAGUUACAGAACAUGUUUUGCUGCUCGUCAUUGGCAUAAAUUUGUUGUAAAGUCUUUUGAGUGAUUGGUUGAUUGAUUGAUUCAUUCUUUCUCCCUUCAUUCAUUCAUUCAUUCAUCCUUCCAUCCAUCCAUCUAUCUGUCUGUGCAUCCAUCCAUCCAUCCAUUUUUGCUGUUAAACAACUAAAAAAUGAACAACAUACAAUAUAUUUACAAUAUUAUUUAUUUGAUAUUAUUCUUCAGAGUAUGAAGCUCAGUCUGCUGAUCUAGAAAAGGAACUGCAAGAUGCCUUAACUUCAAGAAAAGAACUGGAAUCCACCAAUGAAGGCAAGUUCUCAGGGCUGUUGAAUAAGGGCUGGUAUUCGGCCAAAACUGCCGGCUAGUUAGCCUUGCUUAGCUGGCUACUUUCAUCUCCCUUUACCAUAGCUGCUAACAAAAAUUAAGCACCAUCAAAUGACAUUGAAUGCAUAUUUAAAAGGUUUAGAUCUGUGAAACAUUCAAACCAUGCAAUGUCAUGAAACAUCUGGGACACGUCAACUGCAUCAUUCCCAGUCUUUGUUGCUUUGACGAAACAACGUGGCAUCUGCAGUGGAAAAUACCUCUUGAAAACCCCUGGAAACGCCAUUUCCAAGACUCUAAAUUUCAAAUUGUCCCAAGAUGCCUCGGUGCUCAAGAACUUGUGCCUUUGGUGCAAAGCCACCUGCUACUUCAAAACGUUUUGAUGUCCCCGAGUUAUAUAAGCACACAGUAAAAACAAAAGUUUAUAGCACCAUGCAAUAUUAUUGGCCAGGAGUUUGUUUUUUUGGUUUGUGUUUUUUUUUUCGCUUAGUAUUUUCUCUGUUAUCUUUGUAGAAAUGAGUGCAAAGAUGCGAUCUCUAGACAGAGAAGUCAGAGGAUUAAGGAUGGAAAAAGAAGACAUUGAAAGAGUUAGUGUUGAUUUCAUUUGUUUUAUUUAAUUUUUCCUAAAUCAAAAUACUGUACAUGUAUUUGAACAGUCAACAAUCACUUAUGUUAUAGUUGUUUCCAUUUGUUUGUUUGUUUUUAUAAUGACAUUAACAGUGUCCAUUCAUAGUGAAGUUUUUUGGAAAGAAACUCACAAGUAAGAAAGGAAAACUUAUUGUGUUGCCAUAGAGUCCUAAAGUGUGAUGCUAUAAAAAAAAUUAAAUUUGGGAAAUUAUGGGAUUUUUCGGGGUAUUUUGAAAAAAACAACGACUGAAAGGCCUACUCGCUAAAAAUUAGCAUUCCGGGGAAAAUUGUCUCUGAUGACUCCAUACCAAUCCUUCUAAAUUUGACUCAAUUCAUAACAUUAGAAACAGAGUCAAAUUUAGAGGGAUUUGUAUUGAGUCAUCAGAGCAAAAUGGGACAAGCAUCUCCGAGACAAAUCCAUGUAUUAUUAUAAACUACUAUUAUACUAAUUUCUUGUUUAUUUCAGGUUCUUCAAGAGGCAAAUGAAAAAAUCACCACACAGCAAAAAGAACUGAAAGAAGCCCACAGUGCAAGAAAACUUGCGAUGGCUGAGUUUAGUGAAUUAAAUGACAAGCUAGCUGACAUUCGGUCUGCCAAGACCAAGGUGUCAAGAAUGCUGCGAGAAAAAGAAGAAGAAAUGGGUAUUCUUUCACAUUCCCAUGCAUUCACGAUAUUCCCUUUCAUUUUUAUUUUGAUCUUUUGUAGUAUGUAGUGUUAAUAAUUGUUGUCUAAUUCUCUCUAAACAGAAUCCACUUUACAAAAGCUUGAUGGCUUGAGGCAGGAAGUACGAAAUGCUGAUAGAAAGAAAAGAGAAGUGAGUCUCUUUUCUGUUGGCCAUGGUAGUAUUCAAACUAACUAAUAGUUCUAGUACAGUAGCAUGUGUGGUCCUGAUUGACAGUGCAAUAUUCAGAUUAGUCAUUAUUCUGUUUGAAUAGAUGUGCCAUUGUUUGCUUAUUUACAUGCCAAGUUUUCAGUAAAAAUUGAAUAAGUCAGCAGGUUUGAAUAAGGUAAAUAUCAACAAUGGUCCAUUAGUCCCCUUUUUUACUAGGGGGAGGAUGACUGGGGGCAUUCUUCCCCAGAGAAUUUUGAAAUUUCGAGGCCCUAAAAUGUCAUGUUCAGCAUUCUGGGGACCAAACUGAGGAGAAAAGUUUUUUCAAGAAAAUGUAGCUUUCAACAACUUUUGAUUUAUAAGUUACACAAUAAAUUCCUACAAGCAACGGACAAAUAAUGAAAACUAAAUUAUGUACCUUUGCACAUAAACAAAUUCUGUGUAAAACUGUGAAAAUUGACUGAAGUAUAGCGUUCACUAAAACAUAAUGUAAAACCAGUGGGCCUUUAUGAAAGCACAUCAUAAGAACAUUUUCAUUCAGAUUUUUUGACAUAGUUUUUGUUUACAAUGUUUUUUAAACUAGAUGCUUCUUUUUUCCUGGAAAAAGUAGCCUGGCAACUUCUAUGAGUAAAGUAGCUGAUGAAGCCAUCUAUGCUUAUUGAAACCCCUGUACAUGCAAUGUAUAGUUCACAUUUUAUCACCAUGCAGGGGGCUAUAGCUCAUUUCUUUUAUGAACAUUCUAACAAUGCUUCCAUGUGCAUCUGGUGAAGUUAUUUUUUUGUUGUUUCUCUUUAAUGUUUAGAUUGCUUCACAAGUGGAGGAAAUGUCUGCGGAAGCAAACAAAGAAAGAAAGCUUAGAGCUAGAAGUGACCAGGUACAUUGGACCUCCUUUGUCUUGUGUUUGAAAAUAAAAGAUAUUCUUGGAAUGAGAGAAAUAAAUGUCUACCAUGGAAGGAUGCACUAUCAGUCUACAAUAGAUAUUUUGUUUGUUGUUUGUAAACACAAGUGAUUAUUUCCUACUUCUCUGUUUAAUGCUGUUGGCUAUUUUUUCUUCUUAGUAUGCAAAGCAACUUGAAGAAGAAAUUGAAUACCUAAAGGUAAUUUCAGAACUUUAAAACAACUUCUAACAUAAACUUCUCAGUUGAUCUCAAGAUAUCAAAAGUAUUAAAGGCAAUUACAGGAAGAUCCAAAAUAUAAUUUCCAUCAGCUUCAAGUCGUCUUUCCUUUCCAUGUCUCUUUGAUUUAAGUUCUGUAUAACUGAGCGCUGAUGAAGAGUCAAGAGGAUAAUGAGCUGCCCUUCAGCCUUAGGUUUGCUGGCCAGAUGAUCUGAUGAAUAUUUUGAUGUGUUGACCUUUUACAUUUUACCUCUUUGCUGCUUGCAAAUAACCCCCACCACCACCACUAUGACUAAAAUGGUCUUAGUAAACUUAAACAUUGAAAGUAGUUUUCAAUUUAUGUUUGUUUUUGUUUAUUGACUCAGGCUAAACAAAGAAGUUUAGGGAGACCAUUUCCUAGUGAUACCACAGCAGAAGACCAACAACAAGAAAUUUCCAGGUGAGUUAUUAAUUUUACGUUGCUUUUAUUUACAUAUUAAAGUACGUGUACUCAGUAAAAGUGCUUCAGCUGCUUGCAUGAGUUAGAAUUGCAGAUGCAAAACAUAUGCUUGACUCUAACUGCAUUUGUUUGCAGGCUUAAAGGUGAAAUUGAAAAACUUAAGUUAGAGUAUGAGGAAUCUACAACACAAGAACAACAGAAGCACUCAAAUGAAGUCAAGGUGAAUUGUUAAAAAAAAUGAUCAUUACUGUUUUAUGUUUAUAAUUUAGUGCUCGUUAAGUGUGGGAUUAUAUAUUAAAUUCAUCAUCUCCUAUUACAGGAACUUACUGAAAAGCUUCUUGAUGUUGAGUCAGGCAGGAUGUCCUUGAAAAAUGAGGUAAUUAUUUUGUUCAUUACAUUUCAUGGUUGUGUAAAUACACUGUGCCAUAAAUACUAAUACAUGUAGUUGUUUAUUUUUUAAUGAUCAAUGGCAUGCCUAGUUGCUCCAGUCAGAGUUUUGCAGUAGUUAAGUAACCCUUGUAGAAUCAGACAAUAAUCUGUAGAAUCUAUGCAAAUGCUAUGUCACAAAGCUGUAUAAAACCUAUGUUAAUGAGUCAUACAUUGCUUCAACCAGAUCCUAUGUUGUUUCUAUGACAGUACAAUUUUUUUUUUUGUAUUGAAAAUGCUAUGUUUUCGCUAGUCAAACGGAACCUACCUAAAAGCUAUGCAGGUUUGAAAAGUAAGAAUAAAGGAAGAAAUGCAUGACAUAGUUUCCACAUAGCCUAUACAUACAAUUUACUUAACUUUUGGAAAAGAUUUUAGACCUCAUAGUCAACCUUAUAGAAAAAUCAUUAUAUGAGUGACAUAGGAAAAAAUAUGUUUAUGUAAAAGCUAUGUAGCCUUUGUCAUGAUAAAACUAAAUUAAAAUGUCACACCGUAAAAACGUAGGCUGCAAAUAUGUUUCAUUCACAUAGCAUAGAAUAUACAUAGCACUAUGUAAAAGCUAAGAAUAUUGUUGGAAAUAAAAGUGAACAUUGAGAUGCUAUGUAAAAGCUAUUUUACUUUGAUGCUUAGUGAAUACAUAUGAUGCAAAUCAGAAGGAAAAGCAGAACUUUCUGUUGCAUAGUAAAUACAUAGCUAUGUCUAGACUAUGAAAAGAUUUUGAAUAGUAUUUGCGUAGGUAUUAAAAAGCUAUGUACUUUUCAAAUAGCCUAAACAUAGUUUCAACAUAGAUUUUGCAUACUUUGGACUAUGUUAUGUGGUAUGUUACAUAGUUACUGCAUAGGUAGUAGUGAACGUAACAUAGCUGAAACAUAGUCCAACAUAGUAAAUCAGUAGCAUGAGCAUAGGUUUUGCAUAUGUCUUGUUCUGCAAUGGUAAGGAAUUAUUAAAAAAAAGCUCCUGAAAAGUUGAUGAAAUAGCACAAAAAGACUUUUCUGGUUUGCUUAUGUCCAAUUUAUUUUACAGGUAGCAGCAUUAACAGCAAGAGUGAAUGAAGCAAGAAUGGACAGGUAAACAUCUCUCAAAUAUGAUUAAUAUAACACUUUGUCAAUAGAGAAAAAAGAAGGAGAGAUAAGAACAAAACAGAAUUAACACACUUUGGAAGUUCUGCUGAAAAUUUUAUUAGUAUCACCAUGUUAAAAUCUUAUCCAGAUAUCUUAAGUUAGAUUAGCCUGAGAUCAUGCCCUCUCCCUAUUAUCCCUUUAUGUCUCUCACGGGAAGAGGGCAUGAUACAUUUCUUUGUCGGAUCAUAUGUAAAAAUGCCAGAAUCUGGACUUUUUUCUGAUUGGAUAGGAAACAAUGCGGAUGAUUUGCGCUGUUCCGAUUGGCCAAAAUGAUGCCAUCCGUUAGUUGUUGUUGAUUUCAGUCUGCAUUUUUGCUUGCGAAAUAAGCAGUGAAUACACACGCGAGUUCGUUAUGAAAUUUCUGCCCGCUCAGUUUUCUUGAAUUUGAAGGAUGCCUAAAUAGAAGUUUCAUCCAUUGAAAUAUUUACCAUCUCAUCGUAUACCAAAACAGUUGCAGUCAAAACUUCACCGAUUAUUUGAAUGCAAUUUGAUACCGGCUACAAGUUACAGAAGCGACAAACGGGUUCACUUUUCAAAUAAUCAAUUCAUGAAUGGAAUCUUGACCUGGUUUGACUGUAUUUCCUCCUUCAGAAAUCAUGCUGCGAAUUAUUCUGAGCGAUCUUCGCUUUCACAACACCUUUCAGUUCGUGAAAUAUGGUGCUUCAGCCUAAUUUUUUUUCCACUGCUUUCGGUACAGAACGAAGUCAACGAGCUUUAACCAGUAAAUUCUUUAUUAUUUGUAGCUAUUCAUAAAGGUACGACAGCUCCAGCUAGCAGUAUAUUUCAUCACAAAAACAACACAUAAUUUUUUUUUUUUUACGAAGCGCCAUCUGAACACGGACGUACUUAAAAAAAUUUUUUCCCUAAAACUGAUUUCAAAAGAGACAUUAUUCGCACCAAAAUUUGAUUCCCGUUUGGUAAACGCUUAUUGGCUAAAAACAUGACAGGUCAAGCAAACGUUAGAUUGCGUAAAUUAGGGGGCGGUUGACUGCUUGUUAAAUAAAUGUAUCAGGCGUUAUUUUUUUUCCCUCUUGAGCCAAAGAAGCAAAAAAAAAAAAAAAAAAAAAAAAAGACGCCUGAUCGCAGGUUAAAGUUAGAUCUGCGAUUCUUGUCACAGAAAUGACGUAACUUAAUUUUUCACGUCAUUCUCCAUCUUGGAAUAAUAAUUUUUUUUGUUAUAGCCAUCGAGAACACCAAGAAACAGUUGAAGAACUGAAGAGGAAGAGUGAGCGAAAAAUAUCUCUUCUUGAAGAAGAAAAUAAGAAACUUCAGGCUGACAAUGAUAAGGUAAGUACCCUGGCAAAGCUGUUGAUUUCACUGAUCUGUGUGUGGUUUAUUCAUGGGACCAAAAAAUGGUUUUGCACAAAUUUGCUGCUUGCAAAUAUGUCCCAAAAAUGUAAAAUAUUUGGCAAAGGUGGUAAAUGCCACGUUUGUAUACCAAAAAUAUGGGUUGUAAAUAUAAUAAAGAGACAAAUGUUGCAUUUACCAUGUUUGCCCCAGAUUUACUUCUCAGUUGUCAUAAAUUUGCAGCAUAUAUUUGCCAAGAGCAAAUUAGUGCAAAUUCAUUUUUUCUUCCAGUGUUUGAUUCCUUGGAAGUAAGUUUUAUUGAACAGAUUAAUGUCUUGAAACUACUAAGCAUUGUUGGUUCAUCAGUAGCUCUUAGAGAGUACAGUUGUAAUAAACCAAUAGUUAGUUCCAUAAAUUAGUAUUAUAAAGAAUGAUUAGAACACUGUGGUGGAGAAAAAAUCAUUACAAUCCCGUAUCAAUAUUGUGUACUUGCUAUAUUGGCCGUUUUUUACUCCGCAGUUAUACUGAAAUGUGAUUAUUGAUCUGCAGAUGACAGAGAGUUUAGAUCGAACCAUUGCUGCUCAUCGAAAACUUGAGGAAGAUAUGAGGGACAGCAAUGAAAAGAAAGAUGCUGUAGCUCAUUGGGAAGCACAAAUUGCUGAAAUUAUCCAAUGGUAUGGUUUCUUUAGUCUAAAUUGAUUUGGAUUGUUAAUUUUAUGGUACUUUUAAGCCUCCAUGCUGAUCUUGAUCACAGGAGGAAAAAGGAGGGUGAAGUCUAGUGGUGAGAAGGCUCGUUUCCCUCUAAUGUUGCCCUGGAUUUGAAUCCUAGAGGCAGCUUGAUUUUGUUACAUAGAGGAUAUUACUAAUGUUGCCCUGUGGCAAAACAAAUAUUGUUUUUAGCCAGGCAUAUCUUCAAGCUUGUGUAAUGAUUUUUUAUUAUAUAGAAAAAUGACAUGUUAAAAUAAUAGAGGAAAUUAGUCCUGAUAAACUCAUCUUGAUUAUGGAAAAUAAACCACUCGGAUCCCGGAUGUAGUUUUUAUGAAUUUUACGAGUGGUAUAUAGUCCAGUAAAACACUCGUGUCUAUAUAAUAAAAAUGAUUAUGUUGAGUCCUGGGACUCAUCUUGUGAAAAAUCAUGAGACCCAGAAUGCAAUAUGCUUUAAAUUUUUCUAGUAUAAGUUUUUUGUCCACUGAAAAUUAAAACUACUCAAUUUCCUGAUGGAUUCUGUCUUAAUCAUUAAAGCCCUAAUUUUUAAAUUGAGAUUCUCAUUUACUGUCCCUUUACGUUUUCAAUAGAAGUAGUGGGGAGAAUUUGUUGAAAUGUCAAUUAGAAUCGUCUUCCUUGAUCUUGACCUCAAUUCUCAUGAUCGCUGUGUUUUCUAAAGCAUUGAUAUUAUAAGGAGAAAUUUCAUGCUGAUCACUCUUAGGUCUUAAAGGGUUAAUCAUUACAACCUUUUUUUUUAAAUAUUUUAUUUAGGGUGAGUGAUGAAAAGGAAGCAAGAGGGUAUCUCCAGGCUUUAGCAAGUAAGAUGACUGAAGAAUUAGAGGGACUCAAGUCUUCUGGAUAUGCAACAAUACCAAGGGUGGGUAGAAGAGUAACUAAUAUAUCAAGCAUGAGAUGCCAUGUUCCAUCACCAGAUGAAACGCUGAGAAGAGAGUUGAAAAUACGACAUGCAGCAGAGUAUUUUUGAAGAACUUUGAGGUGUUUCAUCUGAUGAUUAAACACUAUGUCAAAUGCUCGAUAUUACUAUUCAAACAAAAUGAUUUUUGAAGGAGAAAUUAAGGAUGCAAAAAUGAGAAGUUUUUCAUCUGAGUUCUAAACACUCAUCAAGCAUUAAUUUUCUUUGUCUUUUUUUCAAUUAUUAAUGAGUUUUUGAAUGAUAAGUCACCUUUGACAUUAUUGCUUAGUGUAUGGGUGGGGCCAGGGAGUACAGACCAGUCUAAAAGGCAGUCUCUUUAACCCUUUAAGCCCCAGUAUCCACAUACAAAUUGUCCAAACUGAUCUCCAUAUAUUUCCUUAAAGAAUGAGUUGAGAGAAUUUGAUAAUCGAUGAAGGCAUUUUUACUUAAGUGAUCAUUUUAUUAAUUCUCAUAACUUAUCUGUUGACAAUGUAUGGAUAUUGUUAGGAGAAAAUUGAUCGUGGUCACUAUUGGGACUUAAAGGGUUAGGAACUCAAUGAACACAUGUAGGCUGUGAGAUGGGAAGAAAAUCUUAAGUGAUUUGCUAAAUGCAUGUAGGGUGAUAGAGAAACUAAUACAUAAAGAAAUACUUUGACAGGUGAGAUGUGCAUCUCACAAACUCCCUUGUUUUUUAAUAGACAAUGAUGUUAAUUAUUAACAUUUUCCUUGCAUGAUCAGUGAUCGUGUGAGAAUAAUGUGUGAUGUUUGUUCUUGAUCGUCAAUACUUACUGGACUCGUGUUGAUGUUCAUUUCAUAGGGUGAGAAGAAUCAGUGGCAGAUGAGAAGAUCACAGAAGAUGGAUAAACAGGAAAUUUUACAACUUCAGGCCAAUCUGCAGGCUGAAAUCCAAGCGAAGCAACUCAUGGGUGAGGAGAUGAACAAGAUCAAAGCUGCAAAUGUGGCAAAUGAGAGGUAAAAACAGGCGUUACUGUUAGACUUUUCACAUCAAAUUGCAUUGUUUCAAAACUGAAGGAAAAUAAUAAAUUUUGAAAUGUAAAAUGCUGAGAAGUUAAGUAGCCUGUGAAAAUAAUGGCAGAGAGGUUUAAUUUUAAUUGUGUAGUCACACUAUAGGAUUGCUUUCACAGACUCAAAAGGUAGAGCUACCUUGUGGAGCAUAAUAACAGUACCAUAGGAAAGAACUACUCUGUAGCUUUCAUUUGAAUGGUCACACCAUAGGAUUUCAUCCAAAGACUCAGAAGUUAAAACCACCUUGUACAGCAUAAUAAACAUUACCACAGGAAAGUACUGCUCAGUAGCUUUCAUUUGAAUGGUCACACCAUAGGAUUUCAUCCAAAGACUCAGAAGUUAGAACCACCUUGUACAGCAUAAUAAACAGUACCACAGGAAAGUACUGCUCAGUAGCUUUCAUUUGAAUGGUCACACCAUAGGAUUUCAUCCACAGACUCAAAAGUCAGAACCACCUUGUACAACGUAAUAAACAGUACCACAGGAAAGAACUGCUCAGUAGCUUUCAUUUGAAUGGUAACACCAUAGGAUUUCAUCCACAUUAGAACUACCUUAAACAACAUAAUUGACCGUACCACUGGAAAGUACUGCUCAAUAGCUUUCAUUUGAAUGGUCAAACCAUAGGAUUUCAUCCACAGAAGCAUCGUGUACAAGGAUGUGAAAGCUACCAUUUUAUCUUUCCUAAUGUUUUUAUCAUUUUCAUUUCAGAAAACUUGGUGAAUCAGAAGCACAGUGUGAAACUUUACGGGAAGAAGUCAAGCAACUCAAGGCAGAAAUUGAACAGUGGAGACUUGGCGGCAAGACAGCAAGUAUGUUUAGGAUAUACAUGCAUUUUGAAUACUUGUGAGCAUAAAUAACUUGAAUCACUGUUGAAUCGCCAAAAAUACAUACAUACAUACAUACAUACUUUAUUGGCUUUUUUUCAGAGUCAAUUUUACAUUACAAAAUUAUAAACCAAGUACAUGACAAUAAGAAUAACAAAUACAAAAAGUAAAACAAAGCCAAAACGGUAGUUUACUUCCAACAAGAAACCUCCAUAGACAGUGCCUCUAAGAAUUUUGAUUCACCUGUUGAAUCGCCUAAAAGGCUUUUGACACAGAUAACAGCUCUUCCAACGAGAAAACUCUGACAGUGCCUCUAAGAAUUUUGAUUCACCUUGUGCAUGUGGAAGAUUACUUAGAAUAAAUGUUUAAAUUUUAGGCUAUGGGAAUAACGUGACUGAUGAGUGUGGGAAAUUUACCAGUUAUUCCCUUCAGACAUUGUAGGGUGUAAUCCAAUUGGAUGGUACUUUUGUAUCAGAUGAUAUAGCUACAAUUUUGUAUUCCAGCUGGAUUCCCAUUCCUGUACGUGAAGGAACCCUCAAGAGAUUCACGAUUGGAGGGGCUUGCUGAGGUAUGAAACUACAUGUACUUGGUCCAAAAGUUUCUUCCUUUUAACUUUGCAGGGAUUGCAUUUUUCAACAUUUUUGUUAACAACUUUUUCACACUCUGAGUAGAAAUCAGGAGCAAUCUCUUGAUUAAAUUUAUUUAUCACCCUAAAGCCAAAGAAGUAGAAGUGAAGCUUCUGAAGCUCACAUACCAAUUUUCUGGGUGUAAAUUAUAAAUGUACCUGUUUUAAUGUGUUUUAUUGGCUUCUUUUGUAUUCUCUCUUACACAAUCUGACAGUUUAAACAACACAGUCUGUUCUAGCAUAGCAUGGGAAGACGGUCGCAUCAACAAAUGUUCCCUGUUGGUCAGGACAUUUACUUUCUACCACCCAUGAAAUGACAAAUCAGUAUUAAAUCUCUUUCCGCUGUGUCAAACUUUGAUCCAGCCAGAUUAGGAAAUCCCAAAUUGACCACUAUAAAUUAAGAGGUCUUAAAAGGAACAAGUCCGAAAACUUUAAAUGUCCAAGGUUCAAAACGACAUAACAGGCAACAAAACAGAUGCCAUGGAUGGGCAAAACUGAAGAAGAUUGAAACCCAUUCAAAUUAUUCUGGGUUUUUGAAAACUGUUCAAUGCCUUAACAAUUUUUCAAACCUUGGUCCCUCUUAAUUCACUAUAGACCAUCAAAAACAAUGCUCAUCUGACAAACAUUUGUUAUUAUCUCUUAUUUUGUUAUUUACAUUAAUUUCUUUGCUUAAUUUAAAAUUCUAUUUAAAUUAAGGGCUUGAAAAAAGAAAACUAUUCAUUCAAAACACUGAACUUUCCUGUCGAUUUAAAAAGCACUUAAUUUAACCCUUUAAAGUCCCAAUUUAACUAAGAAAAAUUUUCUCCUAAAAACAUUUCAUCCAUUCAAAAAACUGUCAACAGAUAAAUAUUAAUAUUAUUAACACAAUGAUUAUCAUUAUCAUUAUUAUUAUUAUUAUUAUUAUUAUCAUUAUCAUUAUUAUUAGUAGUAGUAGUAGUAGUAUUAUCAUUAUUAUUAUUAUUAUUAUUAGUAUUAUUAUUAUUGUCUCAUUGUUCCCUGUUGGUGGGACGUUUAGGAGAGAGACCCAUGAAAUAACAGGUAGCAUUAAGAGGCGACUGUACUUGCAAGAAAAGCCUCUUCCGAAUUGAUUUGAACUGAAAUGACAACACCAAGUGUAUUAUACAAGAUUCUGUCUACAAGUUGUAUUAAAGAUGUUCCGCCCUGUCGCUUACACAGUAUCUUUUCUUCCGUGCUACAGGAAACAGAAAGUCAGCUUAGUGAUGAUGGAAGACCCAUUGCUACUGUGGCUCCUUCAACGUCUCCUGAUGUGAGUAACUUCCUGAAACAUUGCGGAAUCAUCCAAAAAGGGGCAAGGGUGUUGGAAAUGUGUAGACUUGACACACUGUGUGACCACCUAAUUCUUUUUUCCCGCUGGAAUAGAAGAGCUAGUAAAAUCAUUAAGUACAUUGAAAUGCAAGAUUUACAGUAGAACUGUGGUAAAUCGAACUUUGAGGGGAAACGAAAAACAGUUUGAGUUAGCAGAGAAUUUGAGUUAUUGGGGUAACUUUCAGUGAAAUUUUGAACAAGGGAAAGAAAACUUAGUACGAGUUAGCAGGGAAGUUGAGCUAUCCACAUUCGAGUUAUCGAGGUUCUACUGUGGCACUUCUGCUGCAGUUUUGAAUAGUUUUAUUUUUUUCUUUCAGUCUUUUUCAGUCAGGUCAUCUUCCAUCUCAUCAACUUCAUCCAUGGCUCCACCACAGGUGAAUAAAAUGAAAAUUUAAAAAUUGUAGUAAAAGUCAUUUACUUUUUCUGUUUUAUUUCAUAUCUCACUUUAGUAAAAUCUAACUAGUGGUCUAUUAUCAAUGCUGCAUUCUGAUUGGUUGAGCUACUACUAGGCUAUUUUAUGUUAUAGCCCACUAGUGGCGAAAAGCGCAGGCUUUUUGGCAGCAAAAAAGGAUGAAAGUCUAGCUUUAACUAGCUAAAUUUUUUUUAUUCUCGUUAUUUUUGACCAACUAGUUGGAUUUUACUAAAACAAUUAUUGGUUUCGUUUUUGACCUAAAUCCUUUUCCCACCUUUACUAACAGAGGCAAUGCUCCCUUUAUCCAACAGCCUCGUGUGCACAAGUUCUCUGUUAGGACAUUUACUACACCAACAAAAUGCAACCAAUGUACAUCGCUCAUGGUUGGUUUGGUUAGGCAAGGCUCUAUAUGUGAAGGUAAGGAAAAAACAUGUAUUUUGGAGUGUUAGUAGACUAUCAAAUAUCUUGCAAGAUAGAAGUUGAAUAAAAAUUGAACAUUUGGAACUCAUAGCAGUUUAGUGUGACAGUGUCUAGUGAAGGCUGCUCGCAGGGUGGCCAUGACUACCUCUUUCCUCAUGCAACAGCACAACCUUGUGGGAAACAGAAGACAAGCUCAUCUAUUGAUGAUGAGUUUAAUUCGUCAUUUAAGUUGGUGUCUGAGUUUAAAGAGUAUUCAUCUUGGGGCUUUCGGACAGUGGGCCAUGGGAGAUGCUCCUUAUUCUCGUACUCUUUUUAUCAAUAUUUAGGUUUUCAGUAGUGGUUUAAUGGCGGUUGUGUGGUCAUUGCGUCAUUAAUUAAUAUAGCACCUCUCCCACAGUUUUGAGUAAUUAAAUAUUAAGGUUUUCAGCAGAGGUUUAAUGGCCAAUGUGUGCUCAUUGCUUCAUUAAUUCAACUGUCUUUGUUUUGCUUUGUUUUUUCAGUCUGUCAAUAUGCAUGCCAUGUGUCAUGCACUGAUCAAGCGCCACCCAUCUGUCCUGUGCCACCCAGUAGAAGACCACUUGGGAUUGACCCUGACAGUGGAAUUGGAACUGCCAUGGAGGGAAUUGUUAAGGUGAUUAAAACUUAUUACUUUUCUAUGAAUCUGUCACGGUGACUCAACAUGGUGGCAGGGGAUGAAACAGGACUAACUUCCCAAUUGAUAUCAACCUCUUCAUUAUCCACCCAGUCUUUGCAAGGUUGUACCACACCACCAGGGUCUAUGCACGCUACUCUUUACAAACAGCAUUGUGGGUUCUUUUACGUCCCACAAGAGUCAGAAGAGUGAAAGAGCUGUGAGACGGGGCGUAUGGUUUUUCGUCCUUAUUCGAGAAGACUAGAAUGUCUAACCUUUUGUAGAUGUCAUUGCAGAGGCAGCACAUUCUCCUCAGUUAUUUUAAGACCCUGAGUGCUGGUCCAGCCGCGGUUUGAACCCGCAACCACCUGCUCAGCAGACCGGCACUUACCCAACUGAGCUCACUGGGCAAUGGUUAAUGUCACAGUUUCUAAUGAACAUUUGCACAAAAUUUUUUUACUUUUUUCCUUUAUUUUUCUCAAUAGUUACAGAAUUGCAUUUAUUCUCUCAAAUUUCUUUAGAUUCCCAAACCUGGUGGUAUCAAGAAGGGUUGGCUUCGACAAUUCGCUGUCAUCUGUGAUUUCAAAUUAUUUCUCUUUGAUGUCACUGGUGACAAACCUCCCCAAAUUUCUCAAUCAGCAACGCAAGUUAUUGAUAUGAGGUAGGGGUCAGUGACCGGGGUUUGCAAAUUUUAUUGAUGAGUAUAGUCAGUGUGACUUCUGGUUCACAAAUUUUGGAGUCAUUUUGGAAUAUUUGGAGUCAAGUAUCACAACGAAAAGAGCCAUUUUCAGACUUUCCAGCACGUGGUCCUGGCAUGUAUACACUUUCGUGAGGGAUACACGAAGUAGCUGUGGCAGUCCGCUGACCUGGAAAGCUCAAAUCCAUGAUGGCGGUCAUCGAAUAAAGUUUGAUCGUAAUUUAGUCUCUUCCUGUUUCGUCGUGCGGCAUAAUUCUUUAAUUUCGAUGAUUUAAUUAAGGUUUACAAUUAACGUAAAUUGUAUUUGUUGCGAAUAAGGAAAGGACAAAACUGUCUUUGUUACCGAAAAUUUCUGGAGUAGAAGUGGCUCCCUGUUUGUUACCGAAAAUUUCUGGAGUUGAAGUUACUCCCUCCGUAACCUCAGUGGAGUCAUCUGAACAAUUUUGGCGUAAAAUACGCCAAAUUUGGCGUAUUUGCGAACCCUGGGUCUACUAGUGUAUUUUUUAGAUAAAUAAUGUUUGCAUAAGUUACACAAAUCACCAGGUCAAAACCGUUAUAUUUCUGGUUGUUUUUUUGUUUUUUUUGUUUUUUUUACAUAGAGAUGAGGAGUUUUCAGUUAGUAGUGUGCUUGCGGCAGAUGUUAUACAUGCGAAUAGAAAAGAGUUACGUUGCAUUUUUAGGGUAAGUUUUUUGUUUUACUUCUCUGCAAACUUUCUUUUGCACCUGUAAAGCCCCGUGUAAACGGACGCAACAUUGUUGGCCAACAACUCCCAACAUUGUUGGAUGUUACAUGUUGCCUCUGUUUGCACACCCUGUUGCAUGUUGUUGGAUGUUGUUGCGUGUUGUUGCGCAAAGUUUGAGACCGGUCAAACUUUUCAGCCAACAACUCCCAACAUUUCUUUUGUUCCGUGAUCGCCGAAGCGUAGCGCAACAUUGUUGGGGCCACGGACGCUCAUUACGCAUGGAUUACAAAGACUUAUGGGUUGUAUCCUUCCCACGAUGCACUGCAGGUCCCAACAUUGUUGGGAGUUGUUGCAUCCGUUUGCACACCACUGCCAACACGCACGCAACAACUCCCAACAUUGUUGGCGCAACAAUGUUGGGAGUUGUUGUGCCCGUUUGCACGCAGCCUUACUUCUCUGCAAACUUUCUUUUGCACCUGUGAUAGCGCAUCAAAGAUUGAUCCACCCAUUACAAUACAAUGAAGAAUGCAUUUUUUGUGCCACAGGUCACAGCAUCUCAGAUGAACCCACCUGGAGAAUCACUAACACAGCUAAUACUAACAGACAGUGAAAAUGACCGAGUCAGAUGGGUGAGCGCUCUGCAAGAGCUACACAAAGUUCUUAAGAAGAACCAAGAAUUAUCUAAGAUGGUAAGUUGGAGCAUACAAUAUUUCAGCAAUAAACUGCAGUACUGUAGUUUGCUAAGUAUUUUUCAUUUGUAUUACUUCCAGAUAGUUGGAAAAACCUUAUAAGCAUGAGAAAUAGUACCACAGAAAUGCUCUGCCCUACAGCGUUUUGUCAAUAUUUUCUCUCAAUCAUUUUCAAUAUUUUUUUGCAGCAAGUUUACCAAGCAAAGGAGGUCAUUCCUUCAGAAUCGAAUCCUCAGAUAAAACAGGCUCUUUGUGCAACGAUUAUUGACACGGACAGAGUAUGUCUAGGAACUGAGGACGGAUUGUUCUGCUUUGAACUCAUGAAAGAAAGUAAGUUUACACUCUUUCUAGCUUAGAACUUAUUAAGACUGCUGUAUUGAAUUUGAUGGGAUUAAUUUUAUUUCAUCAUUAUCCUUUUUAGAUGUUACGCGCAUAGGUGAUAACAAGAAAGUGUCACAAAUAGAAAUGUUACCAGAUGAACAACUACUUGUCCUUAUAUCAGGUAAGGCGCACAAGCAAGUAAGGCGUUGGCACUCAUGCAAGCGGAUUAUGUAGUUGACAGACGUCCUUAAAUCUUCUGCGCUGGUGGAUAACAUUACCUUGCAUUCAAAGCAGAAAGGCGUAAAAGCCCUCGCAAAGUGGAAUCAAUUUUAACCAUCUUGGCCAAAAUUGAUUUAUUUUGCCAUCAGUGAGUAACUUAACUAGUUCAGCCUUAAGGAGUUUUAUUUCAGCGCCUACAUUCUCUAUGUUUCUUUAUUAUGCUGCUUAUAUUAAAGUAUCCACUUAUGGAGAUUGGUCUGACAUAAUUAGAAAGUUUGUGUUCUUCAGCUUUUUUUUCUAGUAGAGUUGCUCUUAUGCACACUUCUCGUACUUUCAAAUUUCAGGGAGAAAUCGCCAAAUAAGACUAUAUCCAUUGUCAGCUGUUGACGGCCAUGACACAGAACCUAUAAAAAUUCCCGAAGCUAAAAACUGUCUAAUGUUUGCCACUGGCUCUCACGACAACAGUGCGAGCUGUUUGUGUGUAGCGUUGAAGCGUCAAAUAAUUGUCUACGAAUUCAACCGGUCAAAGCAGAGACAUCUUAAAUUCAAGGUAACUUUUUUUUUCACAUUUUUCGUGUAAUAUCAGUACUUAAAGACAGGUACUUGAAUUUGUGGCUGCACAAUUUGGGUAUAUGGGAUCAUUCAAAUGAAACCUUGCUCGUGCAGGGUGGCAUUACUUUCUCAGUAUUCUAAUUCUUUAUUGGUACAGGUAGUAGCAUGAUUUGUAGGUGAUAUUUGGCAUCAAUACCACAAGUGAUAUUUCAACAUUGUUAUACGUAAUUUCACGAGCCGUUAGGCGAGUGGAAUUUGAGACAAGGUUGAAAUAUCACGAGUGGUAUUUAUGCCAAAUAUCACCUACAAAUCAUGCUAUUAAUUGUUUAUACUUCUACCCGUAGAAGGUCUGUAAUUUUCACAUGUAAGUAUUUCAAAUUUAGCUGAAAUUCCACUGCUCUUAGCCAAUCAAAUUGCAGAAAUUUCUCAUGUAGUAGUAUAAUGUCCACAAUUCUUUGAUCCUCUGCCCCUUGUAUUCGAUAGAUAGACAAUAGACUAUCAAAUACCCAUAAGUUUAAUUUUUUUUUCACUUCUUGUACCCUAAUAAAAAAUUGUUAUAAUCGUACAGUCUCUAUGAUAACCAGGUAGAUUUAUAAUUACAUUCUCAUUAUUACCCAUCUAUCGCUUAGUUUCCCUUCUACUCUAGUUGUAAUUGAAAGGAAUACCCUCCCCCCCUCCCCACCCUAGGGUGCUUACCUCAGGUUCAAGGAAAAAAAUCAGGAAAUUAAAUGCGAAGUUUUCACUGAAUUUGACACAAACGUUCGCUAUCUUUGCCUAGGAAAUGCCUGUGACCUUCAAUGUUCAGUGGCUCGGUGUCUCCUUUGGCAAACUCCUUGUAGGAUCUGGAUCUGUCUUCUAUAUUUUCAGUCUAACUGGAGAAGGAAGACCUCAGAGUAAGCUUUUACUGAUUGCAAUGUUUAGUCUCUUUCAGCAUAUCGGAUAAUAACGGUUAGGGUUGUAGAGUAUAUUGAUCAAAACAAAGAACGUCGCUUGUGGAUAUAACAUUUAUCCAUUCGUAAUGUUAGGCUCUCGGUAGAACUACGAAUGACGUGCGUUAAUUCUGUGGGAAUUUCUAACACUUAGUUUUAAGCUUAAGAUUGAUAUUUUCAAAAAUAAAACCUCUCGUUUUGCAAUAGCCCCUUAGGGUGUGUAAAACCUCAAUUGCACUGCUGUUUAUACAAUUUCAGUGUUCUUUCGUUGCUUUAGAAUUAACCGUGUUUGUUCUCUUUGUUAAGAACUGGUGAAUUCAGAUGACCCUACUCUCAAUUUCAUCACCAACAAUUCACUGGACGCUCUACUUGCCGUGGAAAUCGAACCUCAAAAAGAGUUUCUACUAUGUUUCAAUUGUAAGUUCAAGUUGUUGUUGCUGUUCACUUUAAUAGAGGCCUUUAGAUUCCAUGACGAGGACGACUACUAGUACGAGAUUUGACUUAAAGUUUUUUCGUGUAUUCUCAAAAAAUAUACUCCCCGGAAAGCUUCAUUUUACCGUUUUUCAUAAGACAAGUUAGCACUGUUACCUUUAGUGACGGUGGUUACACCCUCUCUCCAUCGCAAAAUGAUAAAACUUCUAACAUUUGAUAACUUGUUUCCGUCACUUCGACAUUCUAGUUAAAACUCGUAGUAGAAUGAUGACGGCUACCACGUUUUCCCGCCAAACUGACGCUGGUUCACGCGCGUGCACUACUUAGUAUUGAGUAAAUCUCGGUCUCGUAGACGUACUCGUCUUAGUAUCUAAAGGUUUCUAAUUUGUCAUUAGGGAGCCAUUCUAAGUAAGUUAUCAUGUUAGUAGUGUAGUGGACACCGAAUUCGCCACUUUUGAAACGAGAUGGAACUGGAGCCGAAAUGCGUCCCGCAAUCGUUUGUGGGGUCGUGUCUGGAGACGCGCCGGCCAGGUAUUGUCCGAUCUUUUCCCCUUUCUCUGGUAACCGUUCUAGAAGUAAUAUACUUUCAUCGCCAGAUGAAACACUGAGAAGAGAGUUGAAAAUACGACGCGCAGCGGAGUAUUUUUGACGAACUUCGAGGUGUUUCAUCUGGUGAUGAAACACUGUGUGGAAUGCUUUAUAUUACUUCUCAAACAAAAUGAUUGUAGUAGGAGAAAUUAAAUGAGCAGUUUUUUAAUCUGAUUUCCAAACACUCAUAAAUCAUCAAUUUCCUUUGUAUUUUCUUUAUGAAUUAUUAAUAAGUUUGAGAAGUCUUUGCGAAAGUUAACCUUGUUUCUAACUUGGCGAAAUGUACCUGUAAAGGAAGAUCCUCAUUCGAUUUCCGGUGACUAGAAAUAAACGUGAAUAACGUUAUAUGCUUUUCUUUUGGUCCAUGAAAAAAGGAUAAUUCCCUACGUGCUGUAUUUUUUUCAAGUUUAUGCUACUAUGAUUUUUAUUGCUUUUAGUACUUGGUAUCUUUGUCGAGGCCAGUGGAUAUCGCUCGAGACGUUAUGAAUUAAUGUGGCCUUCCCCACCUACGAAUAUUGGUAAGCAUUUGUUGUUUUUGUGUAACGUCUCAGGCAAUACAAUUUAAAAGUUCAAACCGUUCUUGCUACCAGUAUCUAGUGAUCUUGUCGUGAAAAAAUGCUUGUUAGAGUACUUAAUGAGAAUGGUUGAAUUUAUCGCCCUUUGCUCUAUUUUGCCCUAGGAGUGUAGUUCCGAUGACAAUAUUUACUUUAAUGAAAUUUCUUGUUAUUUGCAGCUUAUUCUCAUCCCUAUGUGAUAUCCUUCAGCGAGAGAGCUAUUGAUGUGUUCGAUUCUGGCUCGGCGGAAUGGCUUCAGACUAUCCCCCUUAAAAAGGUAGAUGAAUGUAAAAGUUCUUAAAACAAAAUGAAUGUAAUGUUACGAAUGGAGUGUUAUUGUCAUAAACCUUUAGAAAUACAGCUGUUAUUAAACGAACCGGAGAGUAGACCUCCCGUGAGCUCAGAAUAUACUUUACACCCAUUGUGAAUAUUUGAAACAAUAAUGCCAGUUAACUGUGUCAAAACAUAAACUGUAAUAAUUAUAAUCCUUUUAUGUUGUUUUUAUUUCAGUGCCAUGCUUUGAUCAGCGAUGGCUCUCUUGCUUUAUGCACGGCCUUGGAACAGUUCAAUUUAGUUUACCUUAAAAAUAAAUUAUACGAAGGUAAGUUACCGUAUUGGUUGCUCUCAAAUGGACAGCUGACUGGCUGUUGCUGUGGUGGGAUGAUUACAUGAAGUCAGUUGUGCAGUUGUAACUGCCUCCUAAGGGUGCGGAUUUUUUUACCGCUAUGGCCCCUCCCCUCGCCCCACCCUGAUCAAGGACGUUUGGUCAAGGUCAGACAUGAUCCAGCCGAACUUCAACAUUGAUUUUUUUGGGGGGGAGGGGGGCAGUGUUUGUAGUUCCUAGUGCUCUCAGGAGCUUUAUCUUGAAACUAGUCAUGGUAACGUCCAUUUUUUUAAAAACAUUUUUGUUCCUGAUUGUAGGUAGAGCUGACAGCACUUGCAAGGGUCUCCGACUAUUCUGAUAAACCUCGCACACUAUACACGUUUUUCAACGCGAGAGAGGUUGAUUAUUAAUCCCGAAAUGAUUCUGUUUUCUCGUAGAAGAAGAGUUGAUUAUUCCUGAUCCAAACAAAGGAAAGAAGGCAAUUGCUGCCAUGUUAAGAUUGAAAAGCAAAAGAAGGUUUGCAAGCUGUUUUAUUUUCGUGUUGAUUUGUUUUGUCCUUAAUUUAACUUCCUCUCAUGCUAAGUGUUGCCUUGAUAUUCCAUCAACAGUAGUACCUACCGGUUCGGUUUCAAGACAAAGGAAGGUGGCCUGGCAGACUUGGACGCAGAUAUUCGCUCUAAGCUCAUCUCGGGUCCAACUAAUUUCAACCAUAUCUCACAUAUGGGGCCUGGUGAUGGAUUUCAGAUCAUCAAAGACUUGCCAACGGUAGGUUGGUUUUAGAUUCAUUGAUAAAUCUCCGGUUCUCUCAGUCUGUCAAUUGUGAAAAAUAAUCCUUCCGUUCAUUUUUAUUUGGUUUAGCGUCAAAGCACCUUGUGAUUGGGUGAGAGAUCUCGGGCCGUUUUCUCAACCAAUCAGGGGUAAAACCAAAGGCAAUCGUAACCUUCUCGACUUUUCGCUUGUAACGCUUGGCGCCUGUUACAUCUACUGAGUAAUAUUAAUGUUUCACGCGGUGGAAGGCUUUUGUUAUCGUUGGUCAGAGCAAUUGUGGGCCCGCAGAAGUUGAUUUACCAAUGCUGCGGUCACCCUACGAUAGUUGGCUGUGACAUUGAAAUAUGGCAAAAUACAUUUGGUGUUACAAUGCUUGCCUUCUUUGAAUCUUUUUAGGCACAGCAGCAUGGCUCUGAAGAUGAACCACCACCAGGUAAGACAGCUCUGUCAUAAUUUGCCACUGAAGAAACGAGGAAACUGGGCCGAGUUAACUUUCGCAAAGACUUCUGGGACUGUUACUGGGGACAGGGAAAAUGAUCGGCCAAUAGCUGACCGGCGCGUCCCUUGUAACGAUCCCAGAAGUCUUUGCGAAAACUAACUCGGCCCAGUUCCCUUCUCGUUUCUGAAGUGGCGAAUGGAGUGAAUGGUAAUUGUCGUAAAACAGACGCAGAUUAGUUAGUAAAUCUACACCUGGUAGAAAAUAGUUUGAAUAACUGAUUCAUAGUGCAGUUGAGUGGGAUCCACUGUUUUCUAAGUUAUAUUACUGGAAACAAAACAGAUGCGAACUGUCGAUGUUUUGACUGUACAUGAUGUGUUUUGUUUUCUAGCCGUUGUACCACGAAAUACUUCAGUGGGUCCGAGAUCCAAGAGAGCAGUGACUGCUAACCCGUAUCUCAUGAGUCGGCCAAACCUGGCCGCAAAGGGACUGAAACCAGGUGUAGGCCCAGGACUACUCAAUGGCCGAUCAGGGUCCACGAAUGUCGUAAACAGGUAUUAAUGAAUUUGAUGUGUCAUUGUUGUUCUAAUUAAGACUGCAGUCACUCCCAACUGCUGCAAUACCAAUCAAUGAGCUUCCCGCUUUUGUUAAACGCUCUCAAAAUGUAUGAAACGUUCAAGAAACGCCUCUAACUUGUUACAUCAUUCGUAGAUCCGACGAGUCUUCGCCUCCAGCUAAUAGACCACGUUCUACGUCAACACGGUCAGCAGACGAUCUCUCAAACGACGCGCAUGUUACAAAUGGGUCCAAUCGACUCUCCGCUGACCUCGAUAACUAUGCUCAGGUAGGUGAGAUGUUUGGGCUCUAAAGGUAGAAAGUGCCGUGUUGAUGUUUGUCAUGCAUUUGACUCGUGACAAAGUCUUUACUUAAACGCGAGGAACGCAUACCUAACUCUUCCUUAAACAUCCUCCGUCUUUGUAAUAUUGGAUUUUCGUUCUACUUCAAGACUUUCGGUGGUUACACUCUUGUUGGACCUAUUUACAGUUCAAACCAUUUUUCUUCUCUGCAUACGCCGCGUCUUGAAAGUAUUAUGUUAAUAGCUUAUCUCGACCUUUUCACUGCUUAGCUCUUUCUUUCCAUACAACUGAAACACAAAACUCUAUUGACGAGCAUUAGUGGGAACUUGCAGCUGAUUAGAUUUUACCGCUGUUUUUUUCGUUUAGUACUUUCAUACCAUGAGACCAAAAAGUGUUGCAGACGAACGGAGACAGUUGGCUCUCGCUCUUGAAUUGAGCAAACGUGAAAUAGCAGCUGGCGGGCGCAGAAGUUCACGGGUCGGCACUCGUAUUUUGUAUCUUUGCUUUGUGUUUACUUGUGGCCUUCAAGCUGAGGCAGCAAUCCUGAGGACAAGCCCGAAGUUAUUCCGAAGAUUGUCCGAUUUUACUCGAGUGUGGUCGAAAAGUUAUCGAACGUCGCGUUUUGUUUUUAUCACUGUGUUAAGUGCUCCAGCGCGUUAACGAGCUCGCUGUAUUUGGAGAUAAGGCAACGAAUUUCUGAUGUUCUUACGUGGUUAAUCACGUAAAGAGUCCAUUCCUUUAAUUUUUCUUAGCUACCAACAACUAAUUUAUAAAACCUAACUUACGCCUUUAGUGCCUAAUCAAGUGACCGGCCAUGCAUUAUGUUAUCAAAUUUGAAAACUUUCCUUAUUCAUUGUCCCUUUGUUUUGAGGCAUUCUGGGAUUGCGUUAACACCGUUUCUUUGGUUCGUUUUUCAAACCGCAUUUUCAACUUUCUAUUUUGCAGGAAAUGCUGUUCGUGUUGCUAACCCCAUAACAGACGAUUAAUCGACUCUUUUUGAAAAGGCUUUACCAGCGUAGCUGCAUUCUCAACAUACUUAUCUUUGCUUGCACGCAGUAAUUAUAUAACAAUGUUAACCGAAUUGCUAACCUCGCUUCUGUGCGCUGUGCAGUCUUCGGGCUGUUUUCAUUGUUCACUAUUGGUUUGCUGUCUCAGUUUGAGUUUAAUAAACUAUUUUCUUCUUUUUGCACGUAUAGUUAGAACACUUCUUGCCCUCAUUUCCCCAAAGCACUUUUUUUUGUAACGGUCUUGCAUGUAAGGCUAGUGUGGGCACUUAUGUCAUCUUUGAGUUAGGCAAAAAAACUUUUACUAAAACUUGUAUUUACAAUAGAGAUUGGAGGACUCAGAAGAUAAUGUGUAGUUUGUUACCAGCUAAUAAAUAUUUCGUCUUCGUUCGCAGGAUCUGUUAAAUCUUCCUGAAGGAGAAUCUUCACCGAGACAUUCUUCAGGUUAGUUGGUUACAAAACGUACAACUGGAAACAAACCGAACGACAAUAAGAACGCUUAGUAGCUUUUAUAUGAGACAAGGUAGCUGUAGCGUUUUCUUUAUAGACUCUUAGCAUAAGUACCUGAAAUUUCAGCUUAACGCCGUUGUCGUGUAUCUAUCGUAGGGUCUGGAUCCAGCUCUGGUCUGAGUGUAUCGCCAUUGGGAAGCCAAGAAGAGGGCGUGACGUCACCUGAUUGGUAGGUACCAGGCCUUCGAUUACUUUUUACCUUGAGCAUCACUAUAAUUUCUUAGCUGAUUUGUCAGCGGCUAAAAUGAUGAUAAAGGAGGGGAGGUAAAUAUAGGGAAAAAGCGGAUGCCGUAUUUUCCCUCCUAAUUUACUCCUGCUCUCCCCCCCCCCCCCCAUCCCCCUCCCCUGUCGCUCCCCAAGCUCGCUCGCCCUCGUCUACUAUACUCGGGGGUUGGUAACCUCUCAGUUGCCGGUCGUUUUCUGUGCAGCCUGAAGUCUCGUUGCCCAUAUCUGGCUUAUUCCGUUCAAGACUGACACAAGGACGCGUAAUUAAAGCACUUUUUGCCGGCGUAUUGCAACUUUUUCGUUGUAAAAGGAUGGAUCGAAUUCUCUGCGGCUGAAAAAUGUUUGACAAGAAUUCGAAAAACUACGGUUAUUUGUAGUAAAAGAUAAUUAACUGCAAUUAGACAAGAUUUUUGAUUCGACUGAAACGCUAGAGUACUACAGUGUAAACAGAAAUUGAACAUGGAUGUUCACAUUCCCUGUUGAAGUUCACUCUGUCAUUCAGGAGGAAACCUUUAUGUGUUAGUAUAUUCAUGUUCCAUGGUUUUCACCUUCAUUACGAGUCGGUGAGGGAGGGAGUCGAUAGUCAACGUUAUGUUUUGUUUCCUUAAAAAGUCACCCUAACUUGAAUAUCGAGAAUUUACUUUGAUUUUAAUUAAGAAUAAAUUCUUUCACAUGAAGUAAUUAAAACGGCUUUAAUAAUAUGCACCUAAAAUCUUAAAAUCAAUGUAAAUGUUAAAGCUUAGUCAUUAAUUUUGCACUUAGCGCGUUAGUCUUGCAGUGAUAUAAUCUUUUUUGUUUCUCUCUCUUUUUUUUAAUCCCAACAAUUUGUUCUGUUGAAUAGUUUCUUUAGUAAACCUACAGUUUUCAUACAGCUGUUUUCUAAAUAUAACUGACAUUUCGGGAACUGAUUAAGUGUAAAGACUUGUAUCAAAGCGGAUUCAACCCUGUUAGUUUAAUCGUGUCGAAUUCUUUUAUUAUAAUUGUUAUAAAAAGUUCUUUCAAACAGAUCAGUGUUAGAGGACUAACCGUAAACGUUCUUUCAUUUACAAACGGAAAUUCAAUGCACCUAACUUUGUAAAAAAUAUAACAUCUCAUAGCUGGUCAUUAUCGAACCGGUUCUGACUAGAUAAAAAAAGAAUUGGUUGGGAGGUUUCAACCUCGUUUCCAGGGUUUCCUACUCGUCCCUUCUGCGAGAGACGAGGGGGACAGGAAACGAAUAGCUGAGAACUCUGGGAACGAAGUUGCUAAGCUUUUUUUCUGAUUUCCCCCAACAGAAUGGAAGAUGCUUUGCCGCUUGGCGGACUCCAAUGGCUGAAUAAUAUUAUUAAUCGAAUUAAUUUUUAUUUUGUAAAUGCUUUUCUACUCUGCCUCAAGGCUAAUGAAGAAAUAAACGCUUAAAACUUAACUUUUUCUUAUUAAUCGGAUAAACAUCGAAGGUGAAAAAAUUAUUUUUAGUUGACAGACAGCUAUAGUUUUUGAAGGUUGUUAAACUUGAAACGAGAAAAAAGCUUAAGCCACGAGGGUUGAAUUUAGGACUAAUUUGAAUUUACUCUAUAUUUCAUAUUAUCGUAGGUGAUGCAAUUUUUCCAUAUUUUUUAAGCAUUUUGUUCAGAGGAGACUUUGGGUUGUGUCAUAAUCAUUUUUGCGCAAACAGUGCAGUGAAAGAGUUCUUUUUUCGGUGUAUAUCUUCAUAUGAUGUAGAUGUUUCUGUUUUUCUUUUUCAUUAUCGGUUUAGGUCUAUAUUCCAACGCCAAGCCUUUUGGCGAGAUUUGGGCUCCGUGCACCAACUACCUAAGGGUAGUUGGUUUGUUCUUAUUGGCUGAUACUUACAAAAUCAGAGAAUUGUUGAAUUGUAAAAAGGACUGAAAAAAUAAAACGUUUACAGUAUUUGAGAGCGUUUCUUUUUUGUGUGUUUGUAAACAGAAAAAUAGUCUUCACUUCUAGUACUCUUUAGUGAAGAUUAUCUGUUUGCUUGGUCUCAUUUUCCCCGUUUUUUUUUUUUUUCGUUCGUUCGUUCGUUUGUUUUUAUUUGUUUGCGAAACUUCAUAUUAAAUGGCGCUUGUGCAUAUGAUGUUACCACCCGAUUUCUGUGAGGAAUUGAGAACGUUUGUAAGACAUUGCCUUGUUCUCGCGCCUGCGAUGUCGAUUCCGUUUAGCCAGUUCUCGCUAUUCGUAGUGGAUAGAUUCAGCAGAGUCGAGAGUCGAAACAAAGACAAUCAUCCCCCACUCCCACCUCCACCCGCACCCCGACCCCAACCCCCUUGAUUCUUGUGAUUCCCUUUCCGUAUGGAGAAGUUACUUGCUUUUGACUGGUAGUGGUGAAAUAAUCACUUGUUCAAGUUGUGGCCGACGUUGUGGCCCUUGUUUAUUAGACUAUAUAAUUAUAGUUUCAUACCUUAAGAUACACCGUUUCUGUCUACGGUUACGGGCAGGCUACCAUGUUCGCCACGUAGUUAUACAAAAGACAACCAAUAUUUCCCAGAUGAUGUAAUGGCAUUACCUUUCUACACGGUAGCCUAGCCGUUUCUAGGGGUUAAGAGGCAAUCUCUUCGCAUUUACGGGUAAGCGUACGCGUAAUUUACCCGUACACGGAGACGGUGUAUUUUUAAGGUCUCUCAUGUGCAAGUUAAAGGGUAGUUUUGAGAUUCUCUCGUUUUACUGUAUACGGGCGUUGCCUAGUCCCUGUACGUCGUCUGGGUCAAUGCAUUUCUGUGGAUCAUCUUUCGAACGGAAAAAAACUCGUUCGAACCUCCUGACCCGAAACGCAUAUACUGCGCUCAAUAAUGAGGCCCAGGAAGUGCGGGCGUUGUGUUUGCUUUAUCUUAACCUCAAAACUCAGAAUUUAAAGCUGUCUAGUUUGAAUUGUCUUUCCUAACGUAUCAUUUUGCCUCAAGUGAGGAAGUUAAUGGGGAUUGUCUAGUUGGUAGUUUGAUUCUAACAUCCUUGCAGUGUUCAAUUAAAUUUUUCAGACACCACAAGAUUCUGAGGAGAUGAAUAUCCACCCAGGUAAUUGAUAAGUUCAGUUGUUGUUUUAAUUUUAAGUUGAGCGUGUUUUAGGCGGAACUUGAAGGAAAGCUGUUAAUUCUGUUCAAUAUUGUUUGGAAAUUUGACCAAAUGUUGCUUUAAAGUAUUCCAUUCAUUGUAAAUGGACUCUUCUUAGGAAAAAAUGUUGCUAGUUAACUUGGAAUAAUAUGUGAAAUAAAUCAAAUAUGUAAAUUAUUGAUGAAGAUAUGAAAUUGGAUGUAAACCUUUGAGCUAAAUGAACAACCUAAGGCCCUAAGCCUGUUUUCUGGGCAUUGCCAGCAUACUUUGUGUUGUUGUUGUUAUUAUUAUUAUUAUUAUUAUUAUUAUUAUUAUUAUUAUUAUUAUUAUUAUUAUAAGAAAAACAACUGUCAGCCUCUAAAAUUCAAAAGUUUUUUCAACUGUUUAAAAAAUAAUAAUAAUAAAAUAAAAUAUAGACAAUUAAUAAAGCAUCUUAUUAUGAUUAUUAUUAUUAUUAUUAUUUUUAAUUCGAAAAAAAAUUUUUCUUAGUUUUCAUUAACUUUUUUUUAAGCUAAAUUAAGUGCUUUUUAAAUCGACAGAAAUUGUAAAUAGUGUUUUUGAAUGAAUAGUUUUUUCUUUUUUUAGCGAAUUAAUUGUAAAUAGGAUUUUAAUAGUUUUUUUAAUAAAAUUGUCUAUUAUUUUAAAAAAAAUUAUUAUUAUUAUUAUUAUUAUUAUUAUUAUUAUUAUUAUUAUUAUUAUUAUUAUUAUUAUUAUUAUUAUUACCAUUAUUAUGCCUUAUCGUAAGAUGUGCGAGAAAUUUACAGUCUUUUCUUUUGGGAAAUGACCACAACAGGUGAUCAUUAGGAUUAUGAGAGAAAUUAAUAGCUCACAAUCAUAAAAUUUAUACCAGGUGGAGCAGAUCCAAGUGCACUGCCGAGCUUUUCUGUGAUUAAAGUAUAGACAGGAAAUACCUUUUCAAAAAAGGCGUUGAUUCAUCUACCUCUACUCUUUUUUAGGAUUUGUUGCAGAGAUAAUUAUAAAGCAUCGCUUCAGUGCAAAAAAAUUGGUUUACGAUUCCCUUUGACAGAAGUGAUCAAAUUCUCAUAUUGUAUGUAAAUGUUAUUUACCAACUCGUCAACUGAUCUACUGUGGUCUGGAACCAUGGCAUCAUGUGAUGAUCACCUGCUUUUCACUUGUAAUCAACCGGCAGGGCUGGUUGAUGGUUUGUUCUUGAGAACUAUUGUUGAAUCUUUUAUAUAGUAGAAAAAUCUAAUAGAGUGAUGAAGUAGGGAUAGAAUUUUAGGGGAUAAUGGCGCAUGCAGGGAGAAUACUGUUGAUAAUGAGUUUCAUUGUUUCGAAUUUUUUCUCUUUUUUAAACAUUCUUGUUCAUGAGGCAGGGAGUGUCUUCAGCUAGAGAUGGACAAAAUGUAUAGAGUAAUUACUCAAGUGUCACAUAUAAACUUCCCCAUACUUGGUAUUAGUAUUUACCAAAUCAGUGACUAGCAAUUUUCGCGCGUUUUGAUUGGCUCCCGUUACUCGGAAUAUCCUUGGAUAUCCACUGUAUAGUACUGUUUUGGAGCCAAGAUGGCGUCUCGUUUGAAGACAUUUUCGGAAGACGAAAUUUUUGCGAUAAAUGAAGCAGUCGUACAAACAAAACCAGUAAAGCGAUGAAGUUUAGCUUGUUUCUGUUUACUGGUGGGUAGAAAAUUAUUUUCAUGCUGAAUUUGCAACAAAAUCGUAAAAAUGCACUUGACAAUAUCCCCGAAAUUUUUGUAAAUUGUAAACAAAGUUCCUACUAAGUGACGUUUAUAAUUUACAAAAAGUUGCUUUUUUCAUUUUUAUCCAACUGAUUUGGUAAAUACUAAAACGACUAUCCCCCUCAGGGUCGGUUAACAGCGCUAGAUAUAUGCCUCGACGCUUCGCGUCUCGGUAUAUUCACCAUUAUUCACCUCCCCUUCGGGGGAUAGUUGUAUAAUAUUCUCUUGUUUUCUAUGUCCUACUGUCGCAGAUUUUUUUCAAUAAUGCAACAUUUUCACUCGCUGGAUUCUGUGAUUCAAAUAUUAAGCUAAUUGAAGAAAUGCAAAGCCCAUUGUCUUCUUAGCAUUUUAUUGAAAAAGGUUGACAUAUAAAGUAAAUUUUUUCUUCAUAAAACUUAUUAUAACAGGUCAACUUAGUGAGAUAAUAAUGGUGAUUUGUUAGUGUCAUCAUAUAUUUUACAGUGUACAGAACUUAACUACUGUAUAAUCCUCCAUGAAUACCUCUUUGAGAUAAGAAAGAAAGCAUUUAUAGCUAAGAUUGCUGAUAUUAGCUUGGAAGGAAACAUACGAUCUAAUAGGAAACCCCUUAGAUUAGGUAUGGAUUUUGGCUGUCAAAAAAUUAACUUAAGCCACAGGAAACCCAAGCUUCUACUCUUGGUUGCGAAAUAUAAAGAUUUGUGUGAGAGUUUAAAAACGAUAAAUAACAAAUGACAAGUAACAUCCAUUAACCUGAUCAUUUACCUGAUAAAGUUUUAUUGAAUUUUGUUUUUUGUCUACCUUGAAAAUCUGCAGCCACAUGUCAGUCACUUACUAGAAUUACAUGGUUGUCUAGAAACGACCCGCAAACAACAUUUCAUGAGGUAAAUAAAGAUAUAUUUUGCACCAAAGAGGACUUUUAAAGGUGUCUGGGUUUCCUGUGGCUUAAGCCCGCCUACAGUCUCCUAUUUUUUCCGCUUUUACGCGUGAAACUUGGAAAUAGAUGUCUUGCACACAGGCUAAAAACCCUCUGUUCUGGUCAUGAUUGAAUCCAUUGUAACUUAGCCUAGUUCCGAUUUUACUCGUGUAUAUUAGUAGAUUGAUUAUGAUUUUGGACAAUAGCGUUUUUAUUAACGAAGCUUUAAUUACGAAUUCUAAACGAAAUAAAUUAAACCGCUUACAGAAAAAUGUGCGGUGUUGGUGCUUUCAGGUUAAUGACUCUGUUCACUCCUUAUUUGUUCGAUGCUUUCUGAUGUGGGAAGGCGUGUUUACCUCACCCGCGUACCUGUUUUAGCUCUAACACUUAAAGAACAUAGAAAGUGCAGCAUGCCUGGUCGAACUAAGUGAUUGAACUAUCAAAGGCCAAAUAACGUUUUUCGCGUUGAGGAAACAUGGUGGCUCUCGUUUAAACUUGAAAUCUGGAACCCUCAAUUUCUGGAGCCUUCCGACAAUUCCAAUUCAUUCAUUCAUUUCACCACCCCCACCAUCCACCACUCUGACCACUCUUCGUACCGUCCACUACUUUGACCACACGCCUCUUGAAAUCAGCUG